AUGACCAUCCUCGUCAUCCCAUUCUACUACCAAAAGUCCGACUGGCUCUCAUACCCCUACGCCCCACGCUACUGCACAACAACAGCCGAGUACAUCGCUCUACCGCCUUCAACUAACCCCAUCAUAACCACUCGAAACGACGCCAUAGCCAAAGACGCCACCGCAUGGGGUUGGCACAUCUACAAUGUUGACGUGACCUCUCCUAAAAUGAAAAAAAAUGCUGGGCUCGGUACGAAACUGCAGCAAAGCAGAGAGCAUGGCGUUAGGAUCACGGAGGAAGACGCGAAAAAGAAGGCCACCGAUAACGAGAGCGAGAGCAAGAUGGAUGCAGUGAUUCGGGGAGUGAAGAAGAUAGGGCAGUAG